AUGUCUGCAAUGGAGGUCCCAGGACCAGAAAGCGAUUGGAGAAGCCCUGCAUUCCGACAGAAAGUUGUUGCACAAAUGUGAGACAAUUUAGUUUUAUUAAAACUGUUUGUAAACGUUGCGAUAUUUUAGUUACUCCGCUAUUAUCACGACAGUGGCUAGCUCACUACAGUUAGCCAGCUAUUUUAGCUUAUCGUUAGCUACGGAACAUGCUUGAAAUGAGGCCGUAAGCAAUACAUCAUCGGGGUUGAUACAGUUAGCUGCAUGUUUUCUUAUUUGACCAUAAAAAUGCUUGCCUUUUUUCUAGAAGUUUUGAGACUAACUAAUUGGGCGUUCAGCUAAAGGUUAGCCAAACUAGCUGGCUAGCCAGCUAGCCUUUGCUAUCGUUACUUCGCUUGCUAUGUAACUAGCUAGGUAAUGUUAGCUGGCUAGUUAGCAAGAUGCUAUGUACAGUCAUUACAGACCCGGUGACAUUCCUGCUUGGCCUCACUUAGAGUAAAAUGCACUUCAUCUGCCAGUAAUAUGAUGUCACUGGAAUGUGUGGUAGCAAAAUACAGCAGGCAAAAAUAUAUAAUAUCACAACAUUCGUUUGAUCUGAAUCACUUUCUCUUUUUUAGUGAAGAGGCGAUGAGAAAGGCUGGGACUGCACACACGAAGUCCAGCAAUGAAAUGGAGAACCAUGUUUACGUCAAAGCCAAAUCUAGAGUGAGUGAACAUUUUUAAUUUACACACACCCAGUAACCUCAUCAUGGAUCAUCAGACAACACUCAGGAACAUUGUAUAUGAGUAACUGGAAUUAUUGGUGAAGAAUGACCAUCUCUCAUCUACACUGAACAAAAAUAUAAACGCAACAUGCAACAAUUUCAAAGAUUUUACUGAGUUACAGUCCAUAUAAGGAAAUCAGUCAAUUGAAAUAAAUCCAUUAGACCAUAAUCUAUGGAUUUCACAUGGCUGGGAAUACAGAUAUGCAUCUGUUGGUCACAGAUGCAUAAAAAAAAGUAGGGGCGUGGAUCAGAACCAGUAUCUGGUGUGACAACCAUUUGCCUCAUGCAGCGCGACACAUCUCCUUUGCAUAGAAUUGAUCAAGCUGUUGAUUGUGGCCUGUGGAAUGUUGUCCCACUUCUCUUCAAUGGCUGUGCGAGGUUGCUGGAUAUUGGCGGGAACUGGAGCACACUUUUGUACAUGGUGAUCCAGAGCAUCCCAAACAUGCUCAAUGGGUGAUAUGUCUGGUGAGUAUGCAAGCCAUGAAGAACUGGGACAUUUUCAGCAUCUAGGAAUUGUGUACAGAUCCUUGCGACAUGGGUCCGUGCAUUAUCAUGCUGAAACAUGAGGUGAUGGCGGCGGAUGAAUGGCACAACAAUGUGCCUCAGGAUCUCGUCACGGUAUGUCUGUGCAUUCAAAUUGCCAUUAAUAAAAUGCAAUUGUGUUCGUUGUCCUUCGUUUAUGCCUGCCCAUACCAUAACCCCACCGCCACCAUGGGGCACUCUGUUCACAACGUUGACAUCAGCAAACUGCUCGCCCACACGACACCAUACACACUACACUGUCUGCCAUCUACCCGGUACAGUUGAAACCGGGAUUCAUCCGUGAAGAGCACACUUUUCUAGCGUGCCAGUGACCAUCGAAGGUGAGCAUUGGCCCACUGAAGUCGGUUACGAUGCUGAACUGCAGUCAGGUCAAGACCCUGGUGAGGACGACGAGCAUGCAGAUGAGCUUCCCUGAGGAGGUUUCUGACAGUUUGUGCAGAAAUUCUUUGGUUGUGCAAACCCACUGCUUUAUCAGCUGUCCGGAUGGCUGGUCUCAGACGAUCCCGCAGGUAAAGAAGCCGGAUGUGGAGGUCCUGGGCUGGUGUGGUCUGUGGUUGUGAGGUCGGUUGGACGUACUGCCGAAUUCUCUAAAACAACGUUGGAGGCGGCUUAUGGUAGAGAAAUGAACAUUAAAUUAUCUGACAACAGCUCCGGUGGACAUCCCUGCAGUCAGCAUGCCAAUUGCACGCUCCCUCAACACUUGAGACAUCUGUGGCAUUGUGUUGUGACAACUGCACAUUUUAGUAGUCUUUUAUUGUCCCCAGCACAAGGUGCACCUGUGUAAUGAUCAUGCUGUAUAAUCAGCUUCAUGAUAUGCCACACCUGUCAGGUGGAUGGAUUAUUUUGGCAAAGGAGAAAUGCUCACUAACAGGGAUGUAAACAAAUUUGUGCACAAAGUAUGCGAGAAAUAAGCUUCUUGUGCAUUUGGAACAUUUUUGGGAUCUUUUAUUUCAGCUCAUGAAACAUGGGACCAACUCUUUACAUGUUGCAUUUCUAUUUUUGUUCAGUAUAAUAAUGGUGUUAUUGUUUACUUCUGAACAGGAAGAAUACUUGUCCCUGGUAGCAAGGUUGAUCAUUCACUUCAGAGACAUUCGUAAGUACCCCACAUCUGCAAUGUAGGUCUAACUCUUGUUCAUAUUUUUCAAGACAACUAUUCUGUAAAGUCGAGUUACGUAAUGGUAUAUGUUUUGUUUUGCAGAUAAAAAGGCACAAGGAGGUCUGGGUGAGUUGUGUUGUGAUUUUGCAAAAUAUGUUUUCUAUUACUAAAAGACAUUCAGAAGAAUAUAUAUGUAGCUACUCAUGCUGCUGCCCAUGUGUCAAUGUAUAUAUUGUCUCCCCUCUUCCAGAUCCCAUGAAUGCCCUGACAAAUCUCACUGGUGUUCCAGGGGUUCCAGGGGGCAUUGUCAUGGGGCCUAGGCCACCUGGUGCGCCCAUGGGUGGCAUGGGGACCAUGGGGCAGAUGCAAAUGGGUCAGCAUGCAAUGGCAGGUGUGGCUGGAAAUCCUCAAGCGAGUGAGUGUAUUUCUGAAGCUAUUUAACUUUCUCACUUUAUUCAUGUUUAUUUGAAUGCUGCUGUCUGUUAGCCCACAGAAACAAUUGGAUCAGUAGCCUACUGGUCAUGACAUUUAGAUUUUCGAUCAGGGACCUCCAAACUAAUAUUCCUGUGUCCUCCAUGAGGCUCAGAGCAUGUGAGCAGAGAUGAGUGGGAGCAGAGUGAGGAGCGGAGCGGGCACAAUUUGACUGGAGCUGGGGAAAAGGACGUGGAGCGCUCUGUGUGCAAUGAGCUGGAUUUCGCACCGCUCAACUCGGCUCACAGACACUACUCCAUACUCAUAUUUCUGUUUCCUCAGUAACGCUCAGGUGUAGGGCUUUUCCUCCAGGGCUUUCCCCAAGUUCUCAGAUGGAGGAUGUGUGUCUGUUUUGUCCACAUCCUCCCUGUAGUAGGAGGUCCAGGGCAGAUGCAGAUGCAGCAGAUUGCCCAGCAGCAGCAGUCCAUUCAGUUCCAGCAGUUCCAGGCACAGCAGCAACAGACAGCCAUGCAACAACAGCAACAGACGGCCAUGCAGCAGCAGCAGCAGCAGCAGCAGCAGACAGCAAUGCAACAACAGACAGCCAUACAGCAGCAGCAGUUUCAGGUCCAGCAGCAGCUGAAGCUGCAACAGUUACAGCAGCAACACCAUCAGAACCAACAGCUCCAACAGCAGCACCAAAACCAGCAGCAGCAGCAGGCCCAAAACCAGCAACAACAGAACCAGGUAUAACAGGGAUGCAAUACUUGUCAAUUUCCGGCGAUAUUCGCCGUUUGGAUCUCAGAAUAGGUAAUCCACGUGAAUUGUGUAGAUCUGUAAAAAAUACUUUGGGGUGGGGGUCUGAUGAAAAGUCGGCAGACGCAGAGUGUAUCACCCAUUGAGCUAUACAAAAGAGCCGCAAACAGAUCUUCUCCCUGUGAUCACUACCUUCUCUCUCUCGAAAUGAAUGACUGAGCACAGAAUGCAUCCUUACACAUCCUACAAAUAGAAUAUCAGAGUUCAGAGCGUGAUGUCAGAUAUGUCAUGUCAGAAUGAGUGCUUCAUCUAAUAUCACGUGACAGCCGUGGGCAGCCAACCACAUCCCCUAACAAGCCAUUAGCCUACUCAGCUGCUUCUCUCUGUCCGUUCUUUCUGUGCAUCUUCAUCAGUUUUUAAAUGUUAUUUAGCCGUGAUGGUGAGCUGGGGUGUGCAGACAUUAUUGGAGCGGCAUGCAGCGCAAGUGAAGUGGAUACGCAUCUUUUCAUUUCGCCUCUUAGUGCCAGGGCCAUAGAGGAAAAAACGGAGCAUGAGUUUGUAGCCCAAACCACUCAUAUUACUGGAGCUACCUUCUCCCCUUUCUACCGCGAAUUGGCACACAUUUUAUAUAAUUUUAUAAACCAUGUCGCGGGCCGAUUUAAACUACUCAUGUGCCGCACGUUUUUGGAUGGAUAACAAGUUAUCGGUGGGGGCAAACCCUGUAGGAUCAUGAUACUACUCGGUAUGGUGAUACUCGGCCUGGUAUGACAUCUUUAGUAAAAUGUUGGUAUUGUGACAAUUAUUUUCACCUUUGGGCCCUCACCAGUUUGCGUCCCUGUAUAAGCUCAAAAGCCCCACCAUGAUAGCAUGCCUAGAUGUAUAUUAAAAGCUAACAGAGACAUACAGAAGGCAGUUAAAUUGGUUGAUCUUUUAAUAAUCUGUAUCUUUAAGUAUUUACACGCCCUCCCCAUCUCUCUCUUCAGAUGCACCCAUCAAGGCUCCAGCAACAACAGCAGAUAGUUCAGUUACAACUCCAACAGCAGCAUGCACAGGCCCAAGCACAGGCCCAAGCACAAGCCCAGGCGCAGGCCCAAGCACAAGCCCAGGCGCAGUCCAUCCAGCACAUGGUCCAGCAGCAGCAGCAACAACAACAGCAACAGGUUCAGGCCCAGUCUCAGCCCCAGGCGGCCCAGCUACCCCCCCACUCCCAGCAGCAGCAGGGCAUGGUGCCCCAGUCUCUGGCUGGGCAGAUGACCCCCACACAGCACGUGCCCAUCAGCUCGCUCAGUCAGCAGCAGCAACAGCUCAAGAUCCAAGCCUUGCAGGUAAAGCAGAGGUGGUGUUAUGGAAAAAUAUGAACCUUAAGUUUAGUUCACCCUCUGUAGAAUAGUGGUGACCUUUUGUUGUCCACUCUAAAUUCAUAAUCUAUAGUCUCUGGGAUAACACACCUAUUCCAGUAUCUUUUUUUACACACCCCUCUGCUUGCUUUCUUCCCUAUGUGUGUGUAUGUGCUGUGUGUUCUUUGUGUGUGUGGCCAGGCUAGAGCGAUGCAACAGCAGCAGCAGCAGCAGCAGGCAGCGCAGCAAGCCCAACAGGCUGCGGCUCAGGCCCAGCUAGCUGCAGCAGUACCUGGACAGGUAAGAGCACAGCACUGCAAGUUGGUGUGUAGUGGGACUGAUUGACUGACUGGGGACUGCCACUUGUCACUGAGCCUGGCCUGGUGUGAGUGCAUGCUUUCAGAUUUACCCCUUUGGAAUUUCAACAGUUGAUUUAAUUUUGUGUCGCAAGCUCUUCUGUUGAUGUCAAAUGACUUGAGGAAGACGAAGGAUAUUUUUCUGUGCUGCCUGUUGCCAUACUUAAGCUACUGCCAUAGCCAGGAGGUAAUAGUUCUUGUUUUAUAGCUCCACAUUACCUACAGAGAGUUACGUUUGCAUCUAUUCUUAUAAUUGCAACAUUGCUGCUUGAUGGCUCAGGGGUUCUUUGGUUUGAACUGAAUGAUGAGUCUCCUACGUAACCCAGGAAAUCAAUUUAGUUUGUUGUCAUUUGCAUAUGAUGCUUUCUGAGAAUUCCCUGAUAGGCUUGGUACUCCUCCUGUCUCUAUCGCUUCCAAUCAAAAUAGGGAUGGAGCUAGGAUUCACUUCCACAAGCCACUUCCCCCAUCCCUUUCUUCUCUACCAAACUAGAACUCACCCAGACCUCUUCACCCCACCGCUACUUCUCCCUAUUGCAAAUCCCUGGAAGUGUGCAGCUGCGUUUCUCAGAAUGAAACCCACGGGUGGGCUGCUGAGAUAAAAUAAAGUUUAUCUACCAGAGGAUGUCUCUUUAUUGUACCUCAGAGCUACGUUAGAAUGUCUUGUUCCUGCUCCAUGCAUGUGUGUUGUUCAUGCAGUGAAUGCUGCAACUGCAUGCCUACUCUGCCCUGCAAACCAAUCAUAUUAUUUAACUCGGCUGCUGCAUCUACCAGCUCUACUGUUACUGUAGAUGCAAAUACAUGGCAUCAUCAAUCAUUGAAGUGCCCCCCCACUCACUCAUCCAAUUGACCAAUAGAUACGGUUUGGGAAAUCACUGCCAAGCCUCCUACUGGGGGUACCAAUGGGGUUCCAUCAUUGGCGGCUAUUCAAAAUGCAAUACCUAUCUAUGCAACCGUCGUUUGAUAAAACAAUUUAAAUAGUUUCCAGACUAGAAACAAUGUCUAAAAAAUUAAUAAUAAUCUAAAUGGGUAUUUUGAGAUUAAUAUUAAUAGCUUUAAUGUUGAAUAAAUUAAUGUUGAAUAAUUUUGUAACCAAAUAUUGUGAUCUAUGUUAUUUCUAGUCAGUUGACAAUAUUUACCUAUUGUACUUAGCUAAGCCAUUUAAAUAACUGUCAUACCACUGCGUGGUUUGGCCUUGUGAUUAAAGAGGAGAGGGAGCAUGUUCAUCACUGUUGUCAUGGCAACCAUUUGUUCUGUGCCCUCUGACCCCGGAGACAGGGUCACACGCUUGGCAACGCUGUCUCUCUCACCAGGGUUUUAAGAUAUGACUGUAACUGUGGGUCUGUUUGAUGUGCAUGCAUGUGUUUGUGCAUGUCUGCUUGUGUAAUGUACCUUACAAGUCUUGCUCCUGGGAGAGUGCAUUCAUAUGUCUGAAUGCAUUUUAUGUGCGUGCAUGUGCAUCUCCGCUGAUGCAUUGCAUUUCUUGUUUUGCUUGUGACAUGUAUGUUGUCCCCUCUGUCCUCCAAGAUGAUGAUGCCCCGCCCUGGGAUGCAAAUUCCACCCCGGUUGCCCCGCGCUGCCCCGAACCCUGCCAUACCUCCAAACUCUGCUGCCAUGGGAGGACAGCAAAUGCCACAGGUAUUUACGCCAGGGUAGAGCGAGCAGGCGGUGUUCCUACUCUGACCCUGACCCGACCCUCAUGGUGACACCACCUCACCUAAAACCGUGUCCCUCUGGUGUGCUUCCUUAUGCCAACCCUCAUCCCUCAGUGCAGCCCUCAAAUCUGCUCCCCAUUCUACCCAAACCUCCUCUUCUGCUCCUUAUACAGACCAGUGGAAUUGAUAGUAAACAUCAGUUCUCAUGCUCAGUAUAGAGUUGUAUGUGGAUUCACGGAAAGAGAGUUGGACCUUCUACAAGCAGGUUCCCAUUUGGAAUCCAUUAAGGGUAGGCCUAUAGAUGUGAUUGGAAAUGCAAUGGAUUAUUUUGCUCAGUGUAAGGGCAUCUGGCCAGUAUUCAUUGUGUAUGGUAAGUACCAAUAAGACACUAAAGUAUUUUCUUCCUGUCUUCCUCAGUAGGCACUCAGGCCCUGGUCGGUGUAAUGGCUGAGGAUUGUGAUGUCAUGAAGGAGGUUUUUCCCCCCUGCUAUCUAGGUUGGAUGGUUCGUCUGGUGUGAGCCCCCCUCUUUUCUUUUCACCCCCUCCGUAGGUUCAGCAGCACCAGAUGAUGUCAUCGCCCUCGCCGGUACAAGUGCAGACCCCCCAGUCCAUGCCCCCCCCUCCCCAGCCACAGCCAUCCCCACAGCCCCCAUCCUCCCAGCCCAACUCAGUCAGGUGAGCAAAGAUGACAAGCCCACUCUCACUUCAUGUAGCGCUCUUAUUGACUUGAAUAUGGCAUUCUAAAGUUUUAUUUCAGGUCUAGUCUUGAAAUGGAAUGACAUUCUCUGGUGUCAACUGUGAACCUGUAUUGUGUUUCUUCACAGCAGUUCUGGUCCCACACCGUCGCCAGGUAGCUUCCAGCCUAGCCCGUCCCCCCAGCCCUCGCAUAGCCCAGCCACCGCACGCACCCCCCAGAACUAUAGCGUCCCCUCCCCAGGACCCCUCAACACCCCAGGUACUGUCCCAGCUCCUCACUGGAGCAGAGGUCGGGGCCUAAGCCCCUAUAUCUCAUACCUCACAUCUGAUUGUUUUCCUUACUAUAGUUUACAUUCUUAAUCGGCUUUAUGUAGGAUUUAAAUUUGUCUGGAACCUCUUAAUUUUCUAUUUGCAUUCUAUGCCAAAUAUUGGAAGACCAAUCAUGCCUUUUCCCUGUGUCCCCAAGACUAUGUAAACACAUAUUAAAUGUACAUGAGGAUUCUAAUUGUUGUCCCAUGUGGUUGUCUGGUGAUGUGUAGGGAACCCCAGUUCAGUGAUGAGUCCAUCCGGGGCCAAUCAGCUGGAGGACCAGCAGUACAUGGAGAAACUCAAACAGCUCUCCAAAUACAUCGAGCCGCUGCGCAGGAUGAUCAACAAGAUAGACAAAAACGAAGGUAUGCCCUCACGCCAUGCUCUUUCUUACUUUUCUGUCCCCUCUUGGCUGUUCCCACUCACUAAAGGAGUGUGUGUUCCCAACAGAUAGGAAAAAGGACCUGAGUAAGAUGAAGAGCCUGCUGAACAUUCUCACUGACCCCAACACAAGGUAAAAUAAUAAGUGUGUUGCUUAUGUGUGUCAGUGUCCAUCCAUGUUUUUCUCAGCAAUGGUUAUUGAAGGACAUCUCCUCUCCCGGACUUGCAGGUGCCCUCUCAGAACCUUACAGAAGUGUGAGAUAGCACUGGAGAAACUGAAGAAUGAUAUGGCUGUGGUAAGCGUGAGACCACUUUUUAAAAUCCUGUUGAUUAUCUUUGUGCUGUUCUAUUGCUCCUUGGUUCUCAAUCUCUUUCUGUUGUGAGUUCAUAAAUGUUACAAUGUGAAUCGUCAGCAAUUUAACAAAACGUUUGUCUAUUUGCUAAUUAACUGACUUUUUGCUAAACCUGUUCUAGCCGACGCCACCCCCUCCACCUGUGCCCUGCACCAAGCAGCAGUACCUGUGCCAGCCACUCUUGGAUGCCGUCAUGGCAAACAUCCGCUCGCCUGUCUUCAACCAUUCCCUGUACCGUACCUUCGCCCCAGCCAUGACAGCCAUCCACGGGCCGCCCAUCACGUGAGUUUACCCUAACCACUCCUUCAUGUCCAGAAACACUACACUUUAGAUCAGGGUAGGAAAGUUUUUUUCCCCCCUCAGCUUAUUUUCGACUGGCAUUUUGGAGCAACUCUGCUUCAGAUCUGUCCACCACUCUGUUGUUGAUACAAGACCAUCUUCAUUUCCUACAGUACAUAUAGAAAGUGUGUUAAGAGUACAGUAGCAAUGGACUCACUGUCAUCUGACACCCAUCUUUAUUCUCUCCUCCACUCCACAGGGGCCCCAUCAUCGCGGCCCGGAAGAGGAAACACGAGGAGGAUGAACGUCAAACCAUCCCCAACAUCCUGCAGGGGGAGGUGGCCCGUCUUAAUGCCAAGUUCCUGGUCAACCUGGACCCCUCGUUCUGCAGUAACAACGGCACUGUGCACCUCAUCUGUAAACUAGGUGAGUUAAGGGCUGAGGUAGGCAACUAGAUUCAGUUGCGGGCCGAUUUUUGUUGGAGCAGAUGGUCGGGGGGGCGAUUCAUAAUCAUUUGUACACUGCAAAUUAUUUUAUCGAACCUUUAUUUAACUAGCCAAGUCAGUUAACAACAAAUUCUUAUUUAAAAUGACGGCCUACCGAAAGGCCUCAUCUGGGGAUAGGGGCUGGGAUUAAAAGUAUAGGACAAAACCCACAUCAUGGCAAGAGAGACACCACAACACUACAUAAAGAGAGACCUAAGACAACAACACAGCAUGGCAGCAACACAUGACAACACAGCAUGAUACCAACACAUGACAACAACACUGUAGCAACACAACAUGGCAGUAGCACAAAACAUGGUACAAACAUUAUUGGGCACAGACAACACCACAAAGUGCAAGAAGGUAGAGACAACAAUGCAUCACGCAAAGCAGCCACAAGUGUCAGUAAGAGUGUCCAUGAUUGAGUCUUUGAAUGAAGAGAUGGAGAUAAAACUGUCCAGUUUGAGUGUUCUUUUGCAGCUCGUUCCAGUCGCUAGCUGCAGCGAACUGAAAAGAGGAGCGACACAGGGAUGUGUGUGCUUUGGGGACCUUUAACAGAAUGUGACUGGCAGAACGGGUUUUGUAUGAGGAGGAUGAGGGUUGCAGUAGGUAUCUCAGAUAGAUAGGAAGGAGCAUUGGUGGCAAAUCUGAUAGCCAAAUGGAAAGAACAUCUAGCCACUCGAGAGCACCCUUACCUGCCGAUCUAUAAAUUAAGCCUCCGUAAUCUAGCAUGGGUAGGAUGGUCAUCUGAAUCAGGGUUCGUUUGGCAGCUGGAGUGAAAGAGGAGCGAUUACGAUAGAGGAAACCAAGUCUAGAUUUAACCUUAGCCUGCAGCUUGGAUAUGUGCUGAGAGAGUGUACCGUCUAACCAUACUCCCAAGUACUAAACCCUCAGAUGUAGUAAUCACACUGGUGGGGAGAGGGAAAUUCUACUUACCGAACCACAUGAUCUUUGUUUUGGAGGUGUUCAGAACAAGGUUAAGGGCAGAGAAAGCUUGUUGGACACUUAGACAUUUUUGUUUUAGAGCGUUUAACACAAAAUCUGGGGAGGGGCCAGCGGAGUAUAAGACUGUAACAUCUGCAUAUAAAUGCAUGAGAGAGCUUCCUACUACCUGAGCUAUGUUGUUGAUGUAAAUUGAGAAGAGCGUUGGGCCUAGGAUCGAGCCUUGGGGUACUCCCUUGGUGACAGGCAGUGGUGUGGAACGUAGGUGUUCUGACUUUAUACACUGCACUCUUUGAGAGAGGUAGUUAGCAAACCAGGCCAAAGACCCCUCAGAGACACCAAUACUCCUUAGCCGGCCCACAAGAAUGGAAUGGUCUACCGUAUCAAAAGCUUUGGCCAAGUCAAUAAAAAUAGCAGCACAACAUUGCUUAGAAUCAAUGGCAACGGUGACAUCAUAUAGGACCUUUAAGGUUGCAGUGACACAUCCAUAACCUGAACGGAAACCAGAUUGCAUACCAGAGAGAAUACUGUAGACAUCAAGAAAGCCAGUCAGUUGAUUAUUUACAAGUUUUUUUCAACACUUUUGAUAAACAGGGCAAAAUAGAAAUUGGCCUAUAACAGUUAGGAUCAAUUUGAUCUCCCUCUCUAAAUAAAGGACGCACCAUGGCUGCCUUCCAAGCAAUGGGAACCUCCCCAGAGAGGAGAGACAGGCUCAGCGAUGAUAGGGGCUGCAACCGUAAAGAAGAAAGGAUCUAAACCAUCUGACCCAGAUGUUUUUUUGGGGUGAAGUAUAAGGAGCUCCUUUAGCACCUCAGACUCAGUGACCGCCUGCAAGGAGAAACUUUGUAGCUGGGGAAAAAGAGAGAGGAGCAUCGGGGUUAGUCACAUUAGAAGGGCUGGGAGAUGAGGAAAUGAUGGGCAAGAAGGCAUGGCUGAGUCAAUAAUCACUUGCGGGCCAACCACUGGUGUAGGGCAUUGAGACGAAGGCCGGGGGAAAUCACACUAUUCUUCCUCAAAUAUAAAAUGAAUUGAUGUCUGACGUUAUUCCCUGCUUCUCUCUUCCAGACGACAAGAACCUGCCAAGUGUGCCUCCUCUCCAGCUCAGCAUCCCUGCAGACUACCCAGACCAGAGCCCUCAGUGGGCAGACGACGGGCAAGUGUAUGGUAAGAGACACUGGCUUUCUCUGUACCCAUACAGUGCAUUCGGAAAUAUUCAGACCCCUUGACCUUUUCCACAUUUUGUUAGGUUACAGCCUUAUUUGGUAAGGGCGGCAGGUAGCUUAGUGGUUAAGAGCGUUGUGCCAGUAACCGAAAGGUCGCUGGUUCUAAUCCCCGAGCCGACUAGGUGAAAAAUCUGUCGAUGUGCCCUUGAGCAAGGCACUUAACCCUAAUUGCUCUUGUAAGUCGCUCUGGAUAAGAGCGUCUGCUAAAUGACCAAUUAUUUAUUUAUUAUUUUAUUCUAAAAUGGAUUUUAAAAUAAUAAUAAUCAUGAAUCUACACACAAUACCCCAUAAUGACAAAGCGAAAACAGGUUUUUAGACAUUUUAAAAUGUAUUAAAAAUAAAAAAUUAAACCUUAUUUACGUAAGCAUUCAGACCCUUUGCUAUGAGACUCGAAAUUGAGCUCAGGGUCAUCCUGUUUCCAUUGAUCAUCCUUGAGAUGUUUCUACAACUUGAUUGGAGUCCACCUGUAGUAAAUUCAAUUGAUUGGACAUGAUUUGGAAAGGCACACACCUGUCUAUAUAAGGUCCCACAGUUGACAGUGCAUGUCAGAGCAAAAACCAAACCAUGAGUUGGAAGGAAUUGUCCGUAGAGCUCCGAGACAGGAUUGUGUCGAGGCACAGAUCUGGGGAAGGGUCCCAAAAAAUGUCUGCAGCAUUGAAGGUCCCCAAGAACAGUGGCCUCCAUCAUUCUUAAAUGGAAUAAGUUUGGAACCACCAAGACUCUUCCUAGAGCUGGCCCCCGGCCAAACUGAGCAAUCAGGGAGGUGACCAAGAACCCGAUGGUCACUCUGACAGAGCUCCAGAGUUCCUCUGUGGAGAUGGGAGAACCUUUACAUUUACAUUUUAGUCAUUUAGCAGACGCUCUUAUCCAGAGCGACUUACAGUUAGUGCGUACAUUAUUUUUUUUAUUUUUCAUACUGGCCCCCCGUGGGAAUCGAACAGACAACCCUGGCGUUGCAAACGCCAUGCUCUACCAACUGAGCUACAUCCCUGCCGGCCAUUCCCUCCCCUGGACAACGCUGGGCCAAUUGUGCGCCGCCCCCAUCUCUGCAGCACUCACCAAUCAGGCCUUUAUGGUAGACUGGCCAGACAGAAGCCACUCCUCAGUAAAAGGCACAUGACAGCCCACUUGGAGUUUGCCAAAAGGCACCUAAAAGACUCUCAGACCAUGAGAAACAAGAUUCUUUGGUCUGAUGAAACCAAGAUUGAACUCUUUGGCCUGAAUGCCAAGCGUCACGUCUGGAGGAAACCUGGCACCAUCCCUACGGUGAAGCAUGGUGGUGGCAGCAUCAUGCUGUGGGGGUGUUUUUUAGCGGCAGGGAGACUAGUCAGGAUCAAGGGAAAGAUGAACGGAGCAAAGUACAGAGAGAUCCUUAAUGAAAACCUGCUCCAGAGCGCUCAGGACCUCAGACUAGGGCAAAGGUUCACCUUCCAACAGGACAACGACCCUUAGCACACAGCCAAGACAACACAGGAGUGGCUUCGGGACAAGUCUCAAUGUCCUUGAGUGGCCCAGCCAGAGACCGGACCUGAACCCGAUCUAACAUCUCUGGAAAGACCUGAAAAUAGCUGUGUAGCGACGCUCCCCAUCCAACCUGACAUAGCUUGAGAGGAUCUGCAGAGAAGAAUGGGAGAAACUCCCCAAAUACAGGUGUGCCAAGCUUGUAGCGUCAUACCCAAGACGACUCAAGGCUGUAAUCGCUGCCAAAGGUGCUUCAACAAAGUACUGAGUAAAGGGUCUGAAUACUUAUGUAAAUGUGAUAUUUGCAAAAAUGUCCAAACCUGUUUUUUGCUUUGUCAUUAUGGGGUAUUGUGUGUAGAUUGAUGAGUGGGGAAAAACAAUUAAAUCAAUUUUAGAAUAAGGCUGUAACGUAACUAAUUGUGGAAAAAGUCAAGGGUUCUGAAUACUUUCCGAAUGCACGAAUGCAUACUCCACUAUGGAGCCUGUUUUAGUCAAAUGUACUCUACUUUAACUUUGGGUGUAAUGGAAAAAGUAGCCCAACAUUACCUUGACAGUUUAAAAUGUUACAAAUAAAAUGUUCAGCAAAACAUCACAUUUUUUAAAACCUUUUUUAAAUUAUAAUCUUUUUACCUAGUCUUUCAGGUUUCAAUGCAUUUUCGAGUUGAUUUAUGCAUCACUUUGUCUUCCUCUACUCUCCAGGUGCCAACCCCUUCCUACAAAACGUUCACAGAAACAUGACCUCCAAGCUCCUACAGCUCCCAGACAAGCACUCAGUGACUGCACUGCUCAAUACUUGGGCCCAGAGUGUCAGACAAGCCUGUCUUUCUGCAGCAUAGACAAGAGGCUCACCUCACCUGUCCAUCAAACCUCUGCUGGAUACAACACAAUUUAUCACCAAGAUUGCAAACUGGAAGGAGUGGGCUACCUCUCCUUGGAGCACCAGCUCUCCCCUACCACUAGGGUGUGCUGCUGAGGGUUCUACACAAACUGUAUUAUGAGAAGGUCCAUUCGGGAUGAGUUCUGUAAAGAAUUUUGAGUUGAGAAAAUGUAUAACCAAUAACUGAACACGUUGCGGUGUAAAGCUUUGAAGUGUGUGUAUAUAUAUACUCCUAAGGGAUUUUGUUUUUUUGUUAUCA